AUGUCUUCCCACUCGAAUAUGCCUACAGCACAAGCACUUCAUCAGAUGCCGACUAGCAUUGAGGGCAUAAUAGUCCCGCUCCCACGCAACAGGUAUCAGAAGCUCAUCGCCAGGCUCUAUGAAGCAAUGAUAAUGCUCUGGAUUGAACAACCGAUUCAAGGUCCACAUAUCACUGCCAACCACGAUAACAUUAGUUUGAUCGCCUCUCGCCGCAGAUUCAUGACUGGGCUUGCCUACAUCUGCGACUGGGAUAAGGGCGGAAGUACUACGACAUCUAUUGCGGUCCAAGACUCUGAAGACACAAACACUUUCUGGGUGGCUUCGAAUGAAGGAUUCGAGCGGAAUUCGCACUCUGGGACACCGAACUUUUUGAGGGAAUCUUUACAACGCCUCCAAUGCAUAACACAAGUACCAGAUCCUAAUCCAGCUUGGUUAGCUCGCCAGUCGGAUCAUUGUGCCCGCUUCUUUACCAUAUUUGCAGCCCCCAGAAUCAAGAAGGAAGCAAGCCUAUUAUCAAGAAUGGCAACAUCAUGCAUUCAGCAUCUGAACGGCAUGGUCACUCGUCGUGGAAACGUGACUGAUACUGGGACGUCUGAUAAUGUUAUUUAUCUUAUGAGCAUAACUAAUGAACUCUUAGAAGCCAGAAGUCUUGAAAGAUGGCUGCAUCAUUUCCAGUCCCGAGAAACACUGGAAGCGUAUGACAUAUGCAUGGAAGCCUACAACGCUCGUAACGAUCCUCAGAUGGACACGCUCCGACGAUUGAGUCAAGAAGUGCUGUCCAAUGAAGAUGGUGAAUCGCUGGCAAAGGCAUCGCGGGGAGCAAGACAUUUCGUUGGACGCCUUGCGGAGCAUAUUCGCGUUUCGAAGCAGCUCGUUGAGGACGCUUUGCGUGCAAGAGAGGUCCUUGAUGUAUUCCAGGUGUCCGAGAUACCUACCCCGUUAUGUGUCCAGCCUCCAGAGAUUGAUCCCUCUGUCACCCUGGAUCGCAUACUUGGGAGAAUGAUUCGAAAGGAGGAUGAGGAGCUUUCCAGUAUCAGACAAGGCCUUUCUUCUUUGAACAGCCACGUUGGGUUGGAAGAACGGGUCAAAGAGCGACUUCUAGCGCUACAAUCAAACCCCCCAAUAGUGCAUUGCGAGGUUCAAGUCCUGGAUCAUUUUCACAAAGGCAGAAUGCGCUUUGUGGGCGAUGACCGCUUUGUCGGAACUAGCAAGUUUUCAUGCUUAUGCUGUAAGCUAUACUAUCGACACCACCCUUCGAGACCAGUUGAACCUGAUUCUCACGAACAAAUCUACCUCAACUGGGGACCUGUUGGUCUAAUCGAGGGACCCAAAGAUGCAUCAUAUCUAGAGUUGAGAGAGACACUUAAUCCUGUCAUUCAUGGUCUUCGAGAUGGGUUCUUCAGAGCUAUGAGAAACAAAGGUCUCUCGAAUUUCAACCAUCCCAAUUCGAUUACCGGAUUGACUCGCUCGGCGGACACACCGGUCAACAGUGAUUCGGAUGUUGAACUAGAUUCGGAACCGGAAGGUGGAACUACGUUAAAAGACUCUUAG